AUGUCUGUGCAGAGAGAUUAUUUAGAUUAUUUAGAUUAUUUAGAUUAUUUAGAUUAUUUAGAUUAUUUAGAUUAUUUAGAUUAUUUAGAUUAUUUAGAUUAUUUAGAUUAUUUAGAUUAUUUAGAUUAUUUAGAUUAUUUAGAUUAUUUAGAUUAUUUAGAUUAUUUAGAUUAUUUAGAUUAUUUAGAUUAUUUAGAUUAUUUAGAUUAUUUAGAUUAUUUAGAUUAUUUAGAUUAUUUAGAUUAUUUAGAUUAUUUAGAUUAUUUAGAUUAUUUAGAUUAUUUAGAUUAUUUAGAUUAUUUAGAUUAUUUAGAUUAUUUAGAUUAUUUAGAUUAUUUAGAUUAUUUAGAUUAUUUAGAUUAUUUAGAUUAUUUAGAUUAUUUAGAUUAUUUAGAUUAUUUAGAUUAUUUAGAUUAUUUAGAUUAUUUAGAUUAUUUAGAUUAUUUAGAUUAUUUAGAUUAUUUAGAUUAUUUAGAUUAUUUAGAUUAUUUAGAUUAUUUAGAUUAUUUAGAUUAUUUAGAUUAUUUAGAUUAUUUAGAUUAUUUAGAUUAUUUAGAUUAUUUAGAUUAUUUAGAUUAUUUAGAUUAUUUAGAUUAUUUAGAUUAUUUAGAUUAUUUAGAUUAUUUAGAUUAUUUAGAUUAUUUAGAUUAUUUAGAUUAUUUAGAUUAUUUAGAUUAUUUAGAUUAUUUAGAUUAUUUAGAUUAUUUAGAUUAUUUAGAUUAUUUAGAUUAUUUAGAUUAUUUAGAUUAUUUAGAUUAUUUAGAUUAUUUAGAUUAUUUAGAUUAUUUAGAUUAUUUAGAUUAUUUAGAUUAUUUAGAUUAUUUAGAUUAUUUAGAUUAUUUAGAUUAUUUAGAUUAUUUAGAUUAUUUAGAUUAUUUAGAUUAUUUAGAUUAUUUAGAUUAUUUAGAUUAUUUAGAUUAUUUAGAUUAUUUAGAUUAUUUAGAUUAUUUAGAUUAUUUAGAUUAUUUAGAUUAUUUAGAUUAUUUAGAUUAUUUAGAUUAUUUAGAUUAUUUAGAUUAUUUAGAUUAUUUAGAUUAUUUAGAUUAUUUAGAUUAUUUAGAUUAUUUAGAUUAUUUAGAUUAUUUAGAUUAUUUAGAUUAUUUAGAUUAUUUAGAUUAUUUAGAUUAUUUAGAUUAUUUAGAUUAUUUAGAUUAUUUAGAUUAUUUAGAUUAUUUAGAUUAUUUAGAUUAUUUAGAUUAUUUAGAUUAUUUAGAUUAUUUAGAUUAUUUAGAUUAUUUAGAUUAUUUAGAUUAUUUAGAUUAUUUAGAUUAUUUAGAUUAUUUAGAUUAUUUAGAUUAUUUAGAUUAUUUAGAUUAUUUAGAUUAUUUAGAUUAUUUAGAUUAUUUAGAUUAUUUAGAUUAUUUAGAUUAUUUAGAUUAUUUAGAUUAUUUAGAUUAUUUAGAUUAUUUAGAUUAUUUAGAUUAUUUAGAUUAUUUAGAUUAUUUAGAUUAUUUAGAUUAUUUAGAUUAUUUAGAUUAUUUAGAUUAUUUAGAUUAUUUAGAUUAUUUAGAUUAUUUAGAUUAUUUAGAUUAUUUAGAUUAUUUAGAUUAUUUAGAUUAUUUAGAUUAUUUAGAUUAUUUAGAUUAUUUAGAUUAUUUAGAUUAUUUAGAUUAUUUAGAUUAUUUAGAUUAUUUAGAUUAUUUAGAUUAUUUAGAUUAUUUAGAUUAUUUAGAUUAUUUAGAUUAUUUAGAUUAUUUAGAUUAUUUAGAUUAUUUAGAUUAUUUAGAUUAUUUAGAUUAUUUAGAUUAUUUAGAUUAUUUAGAUUAUUUAGAUUAUUUAGAUUAUUUAGAUUAUUUAGAUUAUUUAGAUUAUUUAGAUUAUUUAGAUUAUUUAGAUUAUUUAGAUUAUUUAGAUUAUUUAGAUUAUUUAGAUUAUUUAGAUUAUUUAGAUUAUUUAGAUUAUUUAGAUUAUUUAGAUUAUUUAGAUUAUUUAGAUUAUUUAGAUUAUUUAGAUUAUUUAGAUUAUUUAGAUUAUUUAGAUUAUUUAGAUUAUUUAGAUUAUUUAGAUUAUUUAGAUUAUUUAGAUUAUUUAGAUUAUUUAGAUUAUUUAGAUUAUUUAGAUUAUUUAGAUUAUUUAGAUUAUUUAGAUUAUUUAGAUUAUUUAGAUUAUUUAGAUUAUUUAGAUUAUUUAGAUUAUUUAGAUUAUUUAGAUUAUUUAGAUUAUUUAGAUUAUUUAGAUUAUUUAGAUUAUUUAGAUUAUUUAGAUUAUUUAGAUUAUUUAGAUUAUUUAGAUUAUUUAGAUUAUUUAGAUUAUUUAGAUUAUUUAGAUUAUUUAGAUUAUUUAGAUUAUUUAGAUUAUUUAGAUUAUUUAGAUUAUUUAGAUUAUUUAGAUUAUUUAGAUUAUUUAGAUUAUUUAGAUUAUUUAGAUUAUUUAGAUUAUUUAGAUUAUUUAGAUUAUUUAGAUUAUUUAGAUUAUUUAGAUUAUUUAGAUUAUUUAGAUUAUUUAGAUUAUUUAACAUGUAAUUAUUAUUUAGAUUAUUUAGAUUAUUUAGAUUAUUUAGAUUAUUUAGAUUAUUUAGAUUAUUUAGAUUAUUUAGAUUAUUUAGAUUAUUUAGAUUAUUUAGAUUAUUUAGAUUAUUUAGAUUAUUUAGAUUAUUUAGAUUAUUUAGAUUAUUUAGAUUAUUUAGAUUAUUUAGAUUAUUUAGAUUAUUUAGAUUAUUUAGAUUAUUUAGAUUAUUUAGAUUAUUUAGAUUAUUUAGAUUAUUUAGAUUAUUUAGAUUAUUUAGAUUAUUUAGAUUAUUUAGAUUAUUUAGAUUAUUUAGAUUAUUUAGAUUAUUUAGAUUAUUUAGAUUAUUUAGAUUAUUUAGAUUAUUUAGAUUAUUUAGAUUAUUUAGAUUAUUUAGAUUAUUUAGAUUAUUUAGAUUAUUUAGAUUAUUUAGAUUAUUUAGAUUAUUUAGAUUAUUUAGAUUAUUUAGAUUAUUUAGAUUAUUUAGAUUAUUUAGAUUAUUUAGAUUAUUUAGAUUAUUUAGAUUAUUUAGAUUAUUUAGAUUAUUUAGAUUAUUUAGAUUAUUUAGAUUAUUUAGAUUAUUUAGAUUAUUUAGAUUAUUUAGAUUAUUUAGAUUAUUUAGAUUAUUUAGAUUAUUUAGAUUAUUUAGAUUAUUUAGAUUAUUUAGAUUAUUUAGAUUAUUUAGAUUAUUUAGAUUAUUUAGAUUAUUUAGAUUAUUUAGAUUAUUUAGAUUAUUUAGAUUAUUUAGAUUAUUUAGAUUAUUUAGAUUAUUUAGAUUAUUUAGAUUAUUUAGAUUAUUUAGAUUAUUUAGAUUAUUUAGAUUAUUUAGAUUAUUUAGAUUAUUUAGAUUAUUUAGAUUAUUUAGAUUAUUUAGAUUAUUUAGAUUAUUUAGAUUAUUUAGAUUAUUUAGAUUAUUUAGAUUAUUUAGAUUAUUUAGAUUAUUUAGAUUAUUUAGAUUAUUUAGAUUAUUUAGAUUAUUUAGAUUAUUUAGAUUAUUUAGAUUAUUUAGAUUAUUUAGAUUAUUUAGAUUAUUUAGAUUAUUUAGAUUAUUUAGAUUAUUUAGAUUAUUUAGAUUAUUUAGAUUAUUUAGAUUAUUUAGAUUAUUUAGAUUAUUUAGAUUAUUUAGAUUAUUUAGAUUAUUUAGAUUAUUUAGAUUAUUUAGAUUAUUUAGAUUAUUUAGAUUAUUUAGAUUAUUUAGAUUAUUUAGAUUAUUUAGAUUAUUUAGAUUAUUUAGAUUAUUUAGAUUAUUUAGAUUAUUUAGAUUAUUUAGAUUAUUUAGAUUAUUUAGAUUAUUUAGAUUAUUUAGAUUAUUUAGAUUAUUUAGAUUAUUUAGAUUAUUUAGAUUAUUUAGAUUAUUUAGAUUAUUUAGAUUAUUUAGAUUAUUUAGAUUAUUUAGAUUAUUUAGAUUAUUUAGAUUAUUUAGAUUAUUUAGAUUAUUUAGAUUAUUUAGAUUAUUUAGAUUAUUUAGAUUAUUUAGAUUAUUUAGAUUAUUUAGAUUAUUUAGAUUAUUUAGAUUAUUUAGAUUAUUUAGAUUAUUUAGAUUAUUUAGAUUAUUUAGAUUAUUUAGAUUAUUUAGAUUAUUUAGAUUAUUUAGAUUAUUUAGAUUAUUUAGAUUAUUUAGAUUAUUUAGAUUAUUUAGAUUAUUUAGAUUAUUUAGAUUAUUUAGAUUAUUUAGAUUAUUUAGAUUAUUUAGAUUAUUUAGAUUAUUUAGAUUAUUUAGAUUAUUUAGAUUAUUUAGAUUAUUUAGAUUAUUUAGAUUAUUUAGAUUAUUUAGAUUAUUUAGAUUAUUUAGAUUAUUUAGAUUAUUUAGAUUAUUUAGACCACACGCCUCCUUAUCGACUGGAUUUAAAAGGUGCUAAUACAGCAAAAUACAUUGUUUCCAAUUAG